AAAAAGAUAAGAUGUGUCUGCUAAAAAUAAAAAUAAAAAUGAAUACCGAAAAGGAAAUAUUACAAAAGGAAUACGAUAAUGAAAUAAUAUACAACAAAUAUAAGAGUGGCCUUCUCAAACCCAUAUUACGUUUAUACUUCCUCCGUCCCUAAAAGGAUUGCCAAGUUUGACCGGCACGUAGAAUGAUAAAGUAAAAACUAUGUGGUAGAGAUUUGUGCAGAGGAGAAAGAUGUAACAGGAACCACAAAUUGAUUGACUAAAAGGGAAAGUGACAAAGUUUUGGGGACAACCAAAAAAGGAAAGUUGACAACGUUAUAAGGGACGUAGGGAGUAGCAUAUACUACGUGUACAAUACACAAAUACAUACCACACCGAUGUCUAUGACCGUUCAUGCGUAUGCUUAUGAUAAUCAAUAUAGCAAAUGAGCUGAAUAGGAGUAAGGACGUUUCGAAAUUCCAAAAUAGGACUGUUAUGUUUUUAUCCUUAAAUAUGAGUAAUUUCUGUCAAAUUUGGAAAAAACUUGACAGAUAUUGCCAUGUUUCAAGCCUCAUAAUACCAAGCUUGGCAAAAACUUGGCAGAAACUGCCAUGCUCCUAUUUUGGGUAAUUUCCCCGUAAAAUUUAGAUUCUCUUCUUAGAUUUAUGUCUUCUUCUUCUUCAAGCUUUCUGAGUUCCAUCUUUACUUCCGGAAUUAUUGAAGAGUUUUCCACCAUUGUUGUAAUGUUAACCUUAAACAUGACCUGCAAUGGUGGUAAGCAAUCUCAGAGCAUCAGUUUCUUCAGAUAAGUCAAUUUCAUCCUAUCAUUCUUCUGGUGUUUCCUAUUUUUCUCUAUAUGCCGGAAACAAAUUCAGAUUCAAGUCCACGCUCAUCUCAUAAUUUUCAUAAUUAUGAUUUCCUUGAUGAUCCACUUUUCCUCUCCUCUUCUGAUCAACCAAAUCUGAGAUUGUAGACAAUAUAUUUGAUGGAUCGGAUUUCCUUUCCUGGAAAAGAGGUCUCCAUAGCUCUUGCAUCUAAAAACAGAUCUGGAUUCGUUGAUGGAACUUGUCAUGCACUUGAGAAGACUGACAAAAGGUAUCAUCAGUGACUAAGAUGUGAUCAUAUGGUCAUGAAAUGGCUACUUAACUCCAUGGAGAAAGCGAUCGAAGAGAACUUGAUGUAUUCUAAUACAUCAAAAGAACUAUGUUCAGAAUUAUUAGAGAGAUAUGGUCAUACAAAUGGAUUGGAAAUUUUUCAGCUCAAGAAGGAAAUUAGCAAUCUCACGCAAGAGAAUCAACCACUCAUUCAUUACUAUUAUAAUCUUAAAAGAAAGUGGUAAGAUAUAGAUAGUUUGGAUCCAAUUUCAAACUCUAUGUGUAGAGCACUCGAUCUGUGCACAUGUCAAUUGCUAAAACGAGUGCUUGACAAGGAGAAUCACUCUAAACUCAUUCAAAUGUUGAUCGGACUCGAUUCUGGCUAUGAAAAUGUGAAGAUCACUAUAUUGUCCAUGGAACCGCUCCCACCUAUAAACAAAGCGUUAUCACUGCUAGAGAAGAUUGAAAAACAAAAACAAAUCAGUGAUGGACUUGAUGUGCCCACACAAGAAAAUGAUUAUGCUUCUUCAUCUUCAGAAGGAAUCAAUAACAAUAGAGCUGAAGAUCAUAGGAGAGAUGUAUAUUGGAAUACCAUAAAAAGAAUCAAAACUGGAGAUGAUGACAAUUUUGGUUUUGUUGGAGCUUCAAAGAAGUGCACACAUAUUGUUAUCAAAAGGGACACAACAAGGAGGAAUGCUUUAAUUAGUUGAACGCUCCUACUGUGGCAGAAAAGUACAUUAGAAGGACCAAUGCUAUAAGUUAUAUCAUGGAAAGAAUCUUAGAAAUAAUGGAUAUUCUAGUCAAUUCAAAAGAAUUAAUCCAGGAAGUAUCAAUUUCAGAAAGCUGGAAGUGUUCAUGUGCUUGAUAAUUCUAAAGAAGACACACCUCUGGAAGACACUCCUAUGAUAACAAAUCGAAAUAAUCGAGACACGGCAAUUGAUAUGAAUGGAUUGAUCAACACAAUUGUUCAACAAGUGAUGAAAAUCAUUUCUGAAAAGGGGUGCAAAUGUUCAAAUCCAUCUAUAGCUAUGAACUUUGCAGAUAAAUCAUCAACUUCAUGUGUUUUUUAGCUAAUAAAGUUAUUCAUCAAGAUGGGAUAACAAGGAGUGUUUGAUCAUAUGACAUCUAAAGUAAAUUGGUUGCAUGAUGUUAAAUUUUGAGAAAACCAACUAUGAUAGGACUGCUGAUGGUUCAGUCAAAUAUGUUCAUAUGAUUCAAAAGAUUCAAUUAACAUAAAAAGUUGUUCUUAACAAUGUUUUGGUUGUUCCCGAUUUUCAGCAAAACCUAUUGUUAGUUGGUCAUUUGAUUGAAAACAUUACUCGAAUGUAAUUGUGUUUUCACGUGAGUGCAUCAUACAACCUUUCAAAUAAACUCAUUCUUAACACAUCACAAUAGAGGAGAGGAGAUCUAUAUCAAUUUCAUCUAGAUCAGUCUGUUAAUCACACAAGUAUCAAUGCAUACAUUUCGCGUAGUUCUUCUAAUAAUAGUAAACAUUUUACUAUGAA